GCUCUCCGCCCCUCAUUCCCGCGGCGCUCGAGGGACCAUGGCCGAUCCUCGUGUGAGGCAGAUCAAGAUCAAAACCGGCGUGGUGAAGCGGUUGUAAUUCUCCUGAGUGCUGGCAGCAGUUUGGUAGGACCCUAGCCGCAAAUGGAGUUCAACCCACAUUUCUGUCCAGCCAUAUUUCGGAGUCCUCAGCCUGAUGGUUACCAGGCCAAGUUCUCAGAACAGAAAACAAGCUUGAUUGGUCAAAGAAAAAAUGAUGUAUGAGAAAGAAGCAAAACAACAAGAAGAAAAGAUUGAAAAAAUGAAAGCUGAAGAUGGUGAAAAUUAUGCUAUUAAAAAGCAGUGUCUGUCUUCAGGAGGAAUAGACAGAAGUAGAAGUUCACAUUCAGAGGGGUGCCAGGCAGAGAUCCUGCAAGAGUCCCGGAUGAUGAUCCCAGAUUGCCAGCGCAGGUUGGAAGCUGCAUAUACUGAUCUUCUGCAGUUAUUAGAGAGUGAAAAAGACAUGGAAGAAGCUGAGGAAUAUAAGGAGGCACGUUUAGUACUGGAUUCAGUGAAGUUAGAAGCCUGAAGGUUUUCUAUACAGGGUGUUUUUUGCAUUAAGUCCUGGGAUCCAUUCCACAAUUCAUUAUUUUUGACCACUGCUAUGUGUUCAAGUAGUAUGAGAAUGUGAUUCUUUUUAUGCAGUGCAUAUGUUUUUCUUUGCCUGAUUUAAUGUGUCAAAUAAAUGAGUUCAUCUAAUAAAAUUGCUUCUUUCAUA